AUGCCCUCCGCCAAAUCCGAAAGCGUCGGCCUAGUGCUUUUCUCCCAUACCACGAGUUGCAUCUCCACCCUCUUCAUCCACGUCUUCUCCCUCUGCCAGGCCAACUUGUAUCUCUGGCAAGUUUGUGGCAGGACAUUGCAAGUUGCUCUUCAGCUUGCUUUCGCUUCUUUUUAUCACGUCUAUCUCAUCAUCUCGCAAGCCUUGAGGAGCGCGGCCACUGCUUGGCUGGUUUCCGUUUCCGCCUUUGUCUGGAUCAUCCCCUACACCCUCUUUCUUUUCGUCGUUUUGUUGAUUUCCGUUUUCGUCGUCGUACUGGAACAAUGCGAGACCGUCUAUCAAAUUCUUCGUUCCUGCCUUUGCGGAACCGAGGCUCGCGAGUCUCCGGACAUGGCGUCGCCCGACCGAUCAUCUCUGGCCCCGUUGGACCAGUCCGACGCAACAACGGACCUGACAUUGAGCGUGCCGAAGCUAUCACCAUCGUCGACAGCAUCAACGACACUCACGUGGGACCGCCUGAAGAUCUCCAACCCCCUCCUGCACACCCUCGCCAGUUCCAUCGCCCCAUUCCUGCGUCCGCGCAGCCGAGAGGAAAUCGAGCAAGUGAAAACCGAGGAAGAGGAAUGCCGCGUCCUGUGCGAGGAAGAGUCUCGCUGCAAGGACCAGAUGACGGCAUCGGCAGCCGCACCCAGGAAGGCCAUGGACAUGAUGGAGCACUACACGUUCGUACAGUCGAACAAAAUACCUUACAAGCCCAACGGCUCCGGAAGAAUUCCAUCACUCACCUCUGGUCAACGCCUCGGAGAACGACGUCUGCCCACAGCACCAAAGACCUCAAGCGAAGUGGCACACUCCCACGUCCGACGCCUCUCAGCAAGUUUCCCAGAAGGAGGACCUCUGUCCAGCAACCCCACCGUCGCCAGCUUCGACGUUCACGCAGUCACCGGCACAGCAGCCUGUCGAGACGAUGAGACCCGGCCUCCGCUCUCGAAGCGCCAGCAAAGCGCAGGCUUCUCCUCGUCGGGGAGCAGCCCGAACUCGGUCGCACCCUUCAAGCUCAACCCUCAUCGGCCGUCCAGCCCAGGAGGUCGAGACAAGCAACGUAUCCCCAAGUCGCGCACAAUGACUGUCUUGUCCAACCUCACGGCAUCUCUAUCGAGAUCUUCUCUCACUAGCUUCAGCGGAAGCGACCGCAAGACGUCCAACCGGACGGUGUCAUCCCGAAAGAUCAGUAGCUCAUCAACUCUUACCACCCUCACCACGGACACGUCUAGAGCGCCUACUCCCACGAGCGCUGAGACGAACCCUCUUAUCAUUACCGCGGCUCAGCCUUCACCGUACUGGACAGGCCGAUUUCAAUCCCUCCACGAUCGAUUUCACAACGAAGACUUGCAGCCUCAGUCUCUUGCUAUUCUUGUAUCAGCCCAUGCGUCCAAGUCUACGCUUCUCUCCGCCCAGCGAGCAGCUUAUCAGGGCAGGGGCAAUCUCCCUCUCAGCACAACUACCGCGCUUGAUCGGUACGGCAGCGCUGCCGUCAGCCGAGAGGCUAACCUUUUAUCCGACGACGACAACCGCUGUCUGCGCAUCUUUUUGCAUCUCGACUCGCUCUGCGCCACCCCCGAGGCCCAGAAGAGCCUGCGUGACUGGCAGGAGAUUUACGCGCGCAGAAACAACCGUGAGGCACUCCUCCCCAAAGGCGUGAGCAUGGACAAGGAUAAGGGACUGGUGGCACGCAUCUUUGGUGGACGACGAAGCAUCGCGGUUGGUCGACCUGAAAAACAGGUUAUCGAGGGCAAGUAUCGUGCCGUCAAGCGGGCCAGCAUUUUUUGA